AUGGCCAGCAUUACUCACGAGCCCAAAGAGACUCCUCAAAUUGCCCAUAUGGAAGGGGGUUUGCAAAGUGACGCUGAUGUCCUCCAUAUCAAGGCUGGAUUGAGUGGUCAAGCCGGCACUGAUGAAUAUGGGCAACCAUUGGCGCAAUUCGACCCGGUCGAAGAACGGCGUCUCAUGUACAAAAUUGACCUGUACAUUGUCCCCAUUGUGGCUCUCCUGUAUUUAUUCUGCUUCAUCGACCGUGCCAACAUCGGCAAUGCUCGACUUGCGGGUUUCGAAGAGGAUCUCGCCCUCACAGGAUACCAAUAUAACCAAGUCCUAUCCGUGUUCUAUAUCUCGUACAUCGUUUUCGAAAUCCCGGGCAACAUGGCCUGCAAAUGGAUCGGACCCGGUUGGUUCAUCCCCGCGACGACAUUGGGCUUUGGCAUCAUGACCGUGGCAUUUGCGUUCGUUCGUGACAUCCACUCCGCCUGUGGCGUUCGAUUCCUGCUCGGUGUUUUCGAGGCUCCUAUGCUGCCCGGAAUCGCAUAUUACAUGUCGCGCUGGUAUCGACGUUCGGAACUCGCUUUUCGUCUUGCACUGUACAUCGUUACGGCGCCGUUAGCCGGGGCAUUUGGAGGUCUGUUGGCAUCCGCAAUCUUGAAACUCGAUUCAUUCGGAAGCACGAAAAGUUGGGAAAUGAUUUUCGCGAUUGAAGGCAUCGUCACGAUCGGCCUUGCGCUCAUCGCCUUCUUCGCACUCACCGACCGACCAGAGACCGCCAGGUGGUUGACCGACGACCAGAAGCAGUUGGCGAUUGUCCGCCUCAAAACUGAGCGCGUGGGCACGACUGAAGUUCUCGAUAAGCUCGACAAACCGAAACUCCUCCGAGGAAUCCUGAACCCCGUCACAUUGGUGACCGCCUGGAUCUUUCUCCUCGAAUGCAUCACCGUGCAGGGUCUCGCAUUCUUCGCCCCGACGGUCAUCCGAACCAUCUACCCGACCUACUCGGUCGUUCGACAACAACUCAUGACCGUCCCACCGUACAUCGUCGGUGCAGUCUCCGUUGUCGCAUCCAACCUGCUAGCCUGGAAAAUCGACCGUCGCAACAUCAUCAUCACAUGCAGCGCCGUCCCCGUCGUGGUAGGGUACAUAAUGUUCCUGGCCAGCGAGAACGCCAAAGUCCGGUACGGAGCCAUCUUCAUCAUCGUCAUGGGCGCUUUCAACGGCGGUGCGCUAUGUAACGCCCAGGUCUCCGCGAAUGUGGUGAGCGACACGGCCCGCUCAUCCGCCAUCGGGACGAACGUCAUGUUCGGAAACAUCGGUGGGUUAAUCGCAACAUGGGCUUUUCUGCCCUUCGAUGGGCCGAACUAUCCCAUUGGCAAUGGGUUAAACCUUGCAGCGCAAGCGACUGUGUUGAUCUCUAGUAUUGCUCUCGGUGUCUGGUUGGCCCAAGAUAACAAGAAACGAGCGCAGGUCGAUGUACACGCGAGGAUUCUGGGCCUCAGUCAGAAACAGGUGGCAGAUUUGGAUUGGCGACAUCCGGGUUUCACAUGGCGUCCUUGA